UACUAAAAACUGCCCACUUGUUCUCUCUCAAAUCUCUCUUUCCCAGUAUUUUUCACUCCUUUAUUACAUAUAUAUUUGCUCUUGCUUAUAAACCUGCGAUGUUGAGAGAGAAAGAGGGGUUAAAGUAUUCAACCGCAAAAGAAGCAAAAAGAAAAAUGGGUGGUGAUGGAAAGGUGUUCACUUUGGCUCAAGUCUCUGAGCACAACACCCCCAAAGAUUGUUGGCUCAUCAUCAAUGACAAGGUUUACGAUGUGACAAAGUAUUUGAAAGACCAUCCUGGUGGCGACGAAGUGUUGUUAUCAGCAACAGGGAAGGAUGCCACUGAUGAUUUUGAGGAUGUUGGACACAGUGAUAGCGCACGAGACAUGCUGGAUCAAUACUAUGUCGGAGAGAUCGACAUCUCAACCAUCCCUACGAAGACGACAUAUAAACCCCCGAACAGUAAUCAAGACAAGUAGUCCGAGUUCAUCAUCAAGCUCCUUCAGUUCUUAGUUCCCCUUGCCAUCUUGUGUUUAGCCGUCGGUAUUCAUCUCUACCCCCAAUCGUCUUAAAAAGUCUGGAAAAACUCGGGUUUCAUUUAUGCUUAUCUUCUAUGAAAAGGCUCAAAUAAUCUUAAAUUUGGUUGUAUAAUUUUAUGGACCUGCAUGUUUGUAACCCUGAUUUUAAAGACAAUAAUUGAAGUCCAUUCUGUUGAGUAUGAACAAUCCAUAAAGCUGAAAAUAUUGAUGCUUACAAUAGAGCAUA